AGGAUCUUUACAGUCCGCGACACAGGGGUGUGUUUGCGCUGGCAGGUCGGAGCCGGUAAAGGCGAUACUGGGCUGGUCUUUACAAGCGCGUCACCGCUCCUCAUAUUUAUUUAGCGAGGAGGCAGGGGCGACUGCGAACUGGCUGCUUCUGGUUUUUAAGGCACACGAAAAUACAAAGCGCAGUCGGAGACGGGGAAACACAAAGGACAGGAGCAGCAUCGAGACGCUUCAUCCCCAAGACGAACGGAGUCAGGACCCCUAGAAGAAGAGCUCGGAAGGCAUGCAAAGUUGUGAAAUAUCUUCAGACAGCACUGAUGAUCCCCUUAGUAGUGGCUUACGCAGUCAGCGGCAACCUCGAAUAGUAGUCAUCGGAGCUGGCCUAGCCGGCCUUGCAGCGACCAGAUCUCUCUUGGAGAACGGCUUCACCGAUGUCACAGUCCUAGAGGCCUCGGAUCGAAUUGGCGGUAGAGUGCAAAGUGUUCAAAACGGACAAGCGACUUUGGAGCUCGGAGCCACCUGGAUCCAUGGCGCCCACGGGAACCCCAUCUUCCACCUGGCUGAGGACAACGGCCUGCUGGAGCACACCACGGACGGAGAGCGCAGCGUGGGUCGCAUCAGCCUGUAUACCAAGAACGGCGUGGCCCACUACCAGACCAACAGUGGCAAGCGCAUCCCCAAGGACCUGGUGGAGGAGUUCAGGGACCUGUACAAUGAGGUCUACGAGCUGACCCAGGAGUUCUUCCAGAACGGGAAGCCCGUUGGAGCCGAGAGCCAGAACAGUGUGGGCAUCUUCACCCGCGAUGUGCUGCGCAAGAAGAUCAUGCUGGACCCCGACGACUUGGAGGCCACCAAGAGACUCAAGCUGUCCAUGCUGCAGCAGUACCUGAAGGUGGAGAGCUGUGAGAGUAGCUCUCCCAGUAUGGACGAGGUGUCCCUUAGUGAGUUUGGAGAGUGGACCGAGAUCCCCGGAGCCCAUUACGUGAUCCCGGCCGGCUUCAUCAAGAUCGUGGAGCUGCUGGCCCAGGGCAUCCCGGAGCGGCUGGUGCGCCUGGGCAAACCAGUCCGCCGGAUCCACUGGAACUACUCUCAGCGGGAAGAGAUCGGCGACACCGAUGACCACAAUGCUGACACCCAGCCGGGCCGGCCCGUCCGCGUGGAGUGCGAGGACCGCGAGUGUAUUGCCGCUGACCACGUGAUCAUCACGGCCUCUCUGGGGGUGCUGAAGAAGAGCCACGAGUCACUGUUCUCCCCCAGCCUCCCCGAGGACAAGGUGCAGUCCGUCCAGAAGCUGGGCAUCAGCACCACCGACAAGAUCUUCCUGGAGUUCGCCGAGCCCUUCUGGAGUCCUGAGUGCAACAGCAUCCAAUUUGUGUGGGAGGACGAGGCUCAAAUGGAGCAGACGGUCUACCCUGAGGAGCUGUGGUAUCGCAAGAUAUGCAGCUUCGACGUGCUGUACCCCCCUGAGCGCUACGGCCACAUGCUGAGCGGCUGGAUCUGCGGCGAGGAGGCGCUGAUCAUGGAGCGCUAUGACGACGAGGCUGUGGCGGAGAUCUGCACCGAACUACUCCGCAAGUUCACAGGGAACCAGAACAUUCCAAAGCCCCGGAGGAUCCUGCGCUCAUCCUGGGGCAGCAAUCCCUACAUCCGGGGCUCAUACUCAUUCACGCGGGUAGGCUCCAGUGGGGGCGACGUGGAGCGCCUGGCCAUGCCCCUGCCUUACGCCAAGAGCACCAAGGCCCCGCCUCUGCAGGUGCUCUUUGCUGGAGAAGCCACCCACAGGAAGUACUAUUCCACUACCCAUGGUGCUUUGCUGUCCGGCCAGAGAGAGGCCAACCGCCUCGUCGAGAUGUACCAGGAUCUGUACAAUGCAGAAAUCGCCAAGCCUAACAUGUAAAACGAACCACCGACUAGUGAAUACAACUACAUGUUUAUUUCUUUAUGUAUUUUAAACUAUAAAAACCGUAGGGGCAUUAAACAUCGUUUUCACUGUAUGUAGUUACAGAUGUGUAGACUGUGGCGUGUGCUCUGAGAGAUGCCAUCAUCUCCGAUCUAACCAUGUUUAUAUAACAUUUAAAUGAUUUUAACUUUUUUGUAAGUGCCUUCUGUAUUUACUGUCCCCGUGUUACCAAAAGAACAAGCCGUCAUUCGGAAGGAAUAAAUGGUAUGUUUAUGUCA